AUGACCAUGAUGCCUCAGAAUCUAUCGGGCAAUCAUAUCACUCCUACAAAUGGCGCCCUAAAUACCAAAGCCGACGCCGAGAGAAAACCUCCGCCACCAUCCAAUCCCGCCUCCGUUGCAGAUUCCCAGGGCUCAAGGAACCAAGCCAAAGUCGCCAUCCCUCGAUCUCGCGCGGGAAUCGCCCCUCGACAAGUCGACAAUCUCUCUGAAAAGGCGCACGACUAUGAAAACCUUCUCAAAGAACUUGGCCAUGUUGUAGAAGGGCGUACCGCAGAACGUAUCAAAAGUCUGCUGGACAAGCAUGUUACGGAACCCGAGGCCUCCUCCAACAGCAACAGCAACCAGUCGCAUUCAGUCACACCAAACGAUGAAGUUGUUGAGGAAGACAUGGAAGAAGUCACGUCACCCUCGUCCAUCGGCUCGCUCGAAGCAAUUGAUCGAGUCGAGGAAGAUUUGAAUCGGAAUGAAAGCUCCCGGGCGACUGGGUUCAUGGGGAAGAACUCAGAAAUCACGUGGAUGCAACGACUUCAACGGGAAGCUGAGAAUCGAGCCAGGGGAUUGCCGGGGUCCCUGGAGCCAGGUCAGAGCAAGAGACAGGACGAUGACCUGGCUCUUCAUGCCGUGAGCUAUCAUUUGGACGACCUUGAUAUCUCUGCGCCUGGACCGGUGGAACUUUACGCCAUGCCAUCCCGACCACUGGCCGACCAAUUGUUUGAAGACUAUCUCAGAACAGUCCAUCCAUUCUUCCCGAUCAUCAAUCGACCCUUAUUCACAGCGCAGUACCGGACAUUCUUUGAUAGCAAUGCGCAGCCUGGAGAUAAAUGGCUUGCCAUUCUGAAUAUGAUUUUCGCCAUUGCUGCGAAACACGCCCAUCUACUAGAAGCGCCGUGGCAGGGGGAGGAACGCGACCAUCUGGUCUACUUGACUCGAGCGAGGAUACUGAGCAUGAAUGGAGACGUGCUUUUCAGUCACCCGGACCUCCAACAGGUGCAGGUCGAGGGUCUUAUUGCCUUUUACCUGCUGGCCUCCGACCAGAUUAACCGGGCAUGGCGCAUUUCAGCCCUGGCUGUCCGCUCUGCCGUCACACUGGGUAUCAACAUGAAGAACAGCAGUCCCACGACGCCUAAUAUUUCCAAAGAGGCUCGAUAUCGGGUUUGGUGGUGCCUGUACACCUUUGAGCACAUGCUUGGGAUCAUGACCGGUCGGGCAACAUGUAUUCUCGAUGGUGUCUGCACCACGCCGCUCCCGGUUCCUUUCGAAGAGGAGCAGCUGCAGGAAGCUGCGGCCGCUGAGAUUGUCAACAACUCUCAAUUGCGGGACGAGCGUAUCAACGAAGUCAUGGCCAGUGCUUGGGUAAGGCACAUGCCAAUCAAUGCAGCCAACAGCAAGAACCCUGCCCACACACCUCGCACAAACCAAAACACAUGGGUCAAGAGUCUCCCUUUCAAUCCAGGCCUCUCUUACUUGUACUAUUGUGACUUGGCGGUCAUCUCCCAGGAUAUCGUGAACAAAGUCUACUCUGUAGACUGCGCCAUGGUUCCCUGGAGGCAGAUCGAGGGCCGGAUAGGCGAAUUGCGCACUCACAUUGAUCGGUGGUUCCACAGUCUUCCGGCUUAUCUCGACUUUACACGCAAGGAGGACGAAAGCUCAGACCUCCUUCGAUCCAAACUUGCACUUGCGUUUCAUUACUACAGCGCCCGUAUCACCCUCGGUCGUCCCUGUCUCUGCCGACGCGAUGCGAGGAAGACCACCCCAGAGAAGACGAGUUUCAGCCACGAGAUGGCCGUGCUGGCACUGGAGUCGGCUGAGCGUAUGCUGGAUCUGAUCCCAGAUGAGCCAAAUGCGAUACAGCUAUACGAGAUUGCCCCGUGGUGGUGUAUCCUGCACUAUUUGAUGCAGACCACCACAGUCCUGCUCCUGGAGUUGUCUUUUGGCUGUGUCCAUAUGCCAGAGUCCGAGCAGCAGUUCUUCGCUUUGUCUAAAAAAGCUGUUCGUUGGCUUUACUCGAUGUCCGAGCACAGCGUGGCCUCACGCCGUGCCUGGCAAUUAUGCGACACAGGCUUGCGGCGUCUCGCCGCUGGUAUGAAGCUCGACGUCAGCGACAUACCCUCUCAUGCACACCAUCCCAUCACCUCGUCUGAUCUCAACAUCUCCGAACCCCAGUAUUUGGAGCAACACCACGCCGAAGGAUCGAAUGAUUUCUGGGGUGCUAAUCUAGAUUCCUCAGCGGCGGCCAACCCCGUCUCUGGUUCGAAUCCGAACCAGGAUCUGAAUCUUGGGGAUCCCCAUUACACCAACUCUGCCUUCUCGAUAUUCUCCAACAUGCCAAAUUAUGAAAUGAUGAAUUCGAAUGCCGGAGGAUCCGUCGCGGAGGAUCUCUUUUUCCCGUACGAUCCGAUCAGCGGCGAAUUCAUCCGUUCAUUCUUCCCUCACCCCAAUGAAGAUGGGCACUGGGAUCCGAAUUGA